UCAUCUCUCCCUCUUCCAAUGUCAUAACUUUCCAACUCUUUCUUUCUUUUUAGUUUAGAGUGAACCCGUAAACAUCCCUAUUUAGUACUAGCUCCUCUUUAUCUGCUCCACUCUCCCCUCCUCUGCUCUUUCAUAAGCAUAUCUCUCAUACACAGUAUGGUCAUCAAUUCUUCUCCUGCUUCUUCCCCUUUUUCAUUCUCUGUUUCUUCUAAUGCACUAUUAAAUUGUGAUCCGAUGACAGCAGAAAUGGAGGAAUUAAGUGGUAAUGGAUCAUCUGGGUUUGGUGAUGAGCUCUUAAGAUCGCUUCUUGAUGAUGAAUUCCCUUUCUUUGUAUUGCCCCAAGUCAUUGAACCAGAACCUGCUUCCUCACCAGAGCCAAUGAUCAACAACCUGGUCUCAACAAUCUAUUCCAGAGACAGACCCACAACCAUUGAAGCUACUGUGGAUGCAUUAUCUUUCACAAACGCAGUUCAUGAAUCCAACAGCAGCAACAACCAUUCCAUCUCACAAGCCAGAAGUUCGAUGUUAGAUAAGGAGUUGAAUAAGAUUGAUAAUAAGUAUACUCUGAAAAUUAAGGGAAGUGGGAAUGGAAUGACAGACGAUGGUUAUAAAUGGAGGAAAUACGGGCAGAAAUCCAUCAAGAACAACCCGUUUCCCAGGAGUUAUUACAGGUGCACGAACCCAAGGUGCAGCGCAAAGAAGCAUGUGGAGAAGUCAAGUGAUGAACCCGACACGUUCCUUGUCACCUACGAAGGCCUCCACCUCCACUUUGCCUUCUCACACAUAUUCCCAUCUCAACAACCUAACAAUGCUUCUUACCCACCUGUCAAGAAGCCCAAAAGGCCCAUUCUAGAAGCCCAACAUCCUUUUACCCAAGUAGUCCAAGAAACACAAGCCCAGGAAGAAGGGCCCAUUCCAUCAAGCCCUCUCACGAGUGGAACUGAGCACAUGUUUGUUGGUGCAGAAGUGAGCCCACAAGGAUUGCUAGAGGAUAUUGUGCCGUUUCUGAUUCGAAGGCCACCAAAUAAUCUCCCUUCUUCAACUUCCUCUUCUUCAUCUUCAUAUCCAUCGUCCCCUCUUUCGUCUUCAUCCACUUCUUCUUCUUCCUUUUCGUGGUCCCCUACUUAUUCUUCUUUUAUUGAUGUCGGUAUGAGGUGAUAUAUUAUAGGACUUCAAGUUUUGGCCGCCACUGAAUAAGUCCAAAUGGUGGUGUCUAGGUGACUUAAUAUGAAGCAAUGAUAAAUAUUGCAAUGUAUCCUGUAAAUUGAGAGUAAAUAAAUAUGUUAAUUCUAGUUU